UUCAUAAACUGCGUAUAAAUAUCUCGCAUGAAUUUUCAAAAUUCGGAAGUGAAAUAAGAAACAUCCAAGCAACCAUGAAGGUAAUAGCGUUCUCUCUACUGUGCAUUGUGGCUUCUACCACAGCCUUUUCGAUAAGUUCUUCUUUCAAAACGAGUGCAGCAUUAAAAGGAGGUCCUAUCAUAAGAAAGAUUCCAGGUGCAGGAAUAAUUGAAGCUAUUAAAGAAUCACAAUCAGGAGGCGCAGCGGCAAGACCAGGUUCUAAUGCAGGAUCAAGUGUAGGAGCGGGCGCACCAGCAGGUGCAGGUGCAGGUGCAGGUGCAGGUUCUAAUGCAGGAGCAGGUGCAGGAGCAGGUUCUAAUGCAGGAUCAGGUCCAGCAGCAGGAUCAGGUGCAAGAGCAGGUUCUAAUCCAAGAUCAGGUGUAGGAGCAGGCAUAGCAGCAGCACCUAGCAGUUCUGAACAACCAACCGAAGCACCUAGCAGUUCUGAACAACCAUGUGAAGAAUCUAGCAGCUCUGAACAACCAAGUGAAGCACCUAGCAGCUCUGAACAACCAAGUGAAGCACCUAGCAGCUCUGAACAAUCGAGCUCUACCUCACCAAGUGGAUCGGGUGUAGGAGCAGGCGUAGGAGCAGGCGCAGGAGCAGGCGCAGGAGCAGGAGCAGGCGCAGGAUCAGGCACAGGAGCAGGCGCAGGAGUAGGCGCAGGUGCAGGAGCAGGCGCAGGAUCAGGCACAGGAGCAGGUGCAGGAGCAGGCGCAGGAGCAGGCGCAGGAGUAGGCGCAGGCGCAGGAGCAGGCGCAGGAGUAGGCGCAGGCGCAGGAAUAGGUGCAGGAGUAGGUGCAGGAGCAGGUGCAGGAGCAGGCAGAGGAGCAGGCGCAGGAGUAGGCGCAGGCGUAGGAGUAAGUGCAGGAGUAGGUGUAGGAUCAGGCUCAGGAGGAAAAUUGGGUGCAGGAGUAAGCGUAGGAGUAGGUGGAAAAGUAGGUGCAGGAGUAGGUGGAAAAGUAGGUGCAGGAGUAGGUGCAGGAAUAAGCGUAGGAGUAGGUAGAAAAGUAGGUGGAGGAGUAAGUGUAGGAGUAGGCGCAGGAUUAGGUGGAAAAGUAGGUACAGGAGCAGGCGCAGGAAUAGGCGCAGGAUUAGGUGGAGCAAUAGCUGCAGGAUUAGGAAAUCUAGCUGCAGGACUAAAUGGAGGAGCAAGAGGUCAUAUUGGAGUAUUUUGA